AUGGACGAGGAGGGCCUUGCCCUCCGUGCUGCCCAUGCUCUCCGGGAGAACGCGGUGCUACACCAUGGCAAGCCCGCCCCGACCCCGAGCCUCGGCCGCAACCACAGCUACGACGGGAGCCAUGGACCAGACCACAGGCAUGCCCACGGCUCGGACGAGUUGCACUCGCGCCACUCGGCUCUCUCGUCAUCGUCGUCAGACGGCUCCUUCCUUCGCCCGCGUCACUCGUACUCGUCAUCCUUUGGGAGCUCGGCCAAUGAGGCCGGCUCGACUACCUCGGCUGAUACCUCGGUCCUUGCUGCCGAUGUCGGCAUUCUGGGCGAGUCGCGCAUGGAGACUGCCGCCCGCCAAGAGUCGGCUGCUGCUGCUGCUGCUGCUGCUGCGACUGCUGAUGCUGGAACUGGUCGGGGCCGCUCGUCAUCGUCGGCGGCCCCUGCCUUUGAUGCGAUUCUUCCGCCUCGGACGCCAUCGCGCACGCCAUCGGCCGGCUUCGCCCGCCGCUCGCCCGCACUUCCGGCGCUCCCGCUUCUCUCGGCGCGCAACUCGCCAUCGCCGACCCGCGCGCUUCCGCCUAUCACUCCGCCGCUGCAGGCCGAGGGGGCGAGCCCGGAAGGCUCGAGCAGAGUGUCGGACGACGACGACGGCGAGAUCGACGGGGAAGACAAUAAGGAAGUCGUGUUUGAGAUGGAGGCCGGAACACGGCCAGCGAGCGGGACGGCGCUGCAUCCGCGCGAUGGCAAAAUCCGGGCCUGGCUCUACUGCGUCUUUCUCGCCAUUGUGUACAACGCACUCUCUGUCCCGUUCCUCAUUGCCAUGACCGACCGGUACUCGGCUCGGAUCUGGACCUGGAUCGUGGCCAAUGUCCUCGCUGACCUUGUGUAUCUGGCGGAUAUUGUGGUCCAUGCGUACUUUGUCGGAUACUACAACGAGGGCUUCCUCGAGCUCGAGCGCGGGACCGUGGCGCGGCACUACUUUAGCGGCCAGUUUCGACUCGACGUUCUUGCGCUCCUCCCGCUUGACUACGUCCUGCUUGCCGCAUCGCUGCCGGACCUGGCCAUUGUGCUGCGGCUGCUGCGGCUGCUGCGGCUCACGCGGGUCGGGCCUAUGUUCUCGACCUGGGAGUUCAACUCGUCCAAGCCGACGGUCUUCCGGCUCGGCCGGCUGCUCUGCGUCCUCGCCUUUGCCGUCCAUCUUGUUGCGUGCUCUUUCCUUUGGCUCAUGCGGCUCGAACGCCACGAGUACCUCUCACUCGACGACGAGUUUCUCCUCUUUACCAAUUUUCGCAACUUUGGCCCGAUCACCUCGUACACCCACGCCGUGUACUGGGCCUUCACCCUCAUGUCUGGCCUCGGCGUCGACCACUCGCUGCCGUCGACCACCGCCGAGAUGGCCUUUACGCUCGCGUGCAUCGUCGUCGGCCUUUUUCUCCUUGCGCUCAUUGUCUCGUUCAUUUCCGAGAUUGUCCACGCUCGGACCUCGCACCAGCGGUCGUUCCAGAAGAAGCUCGACGCUAUCAACGCGUACAUGGCGUUGCGCUCGGUCCGCAAAGACUUGCAGGACCGCAUCCGCGCAUACUAUGAGGUGCUUUGGAUGCGUGGCGCCGGCAUCGACGACCUCUCGGUCCUGCGCUCGCUUCCAUCGCACUUGCGGACCCAGCUGACGCUCUCGCUCAACGAAUCCAUUGUCCGGGCGGUGCCCUUCUUUGCCACUUGCCAGCCGGGCUUUAUCCGCGCCCUUGUUCCGCGCCUUGUUCCGGAACUCUUCACCGAUGGCGACAUUAUUGUCCGCGAGGGCGACGUCGGCCGCUCGAUGUACUUUGUCCAGCGCGGAACGGUGGCCAUCGAGCUGCCGGACGGCUCACGGUGCGCCCAAAAGGGCCAGGGCGAGUUCUUUGGCGAAAUCGCACUCCUGCUCCCGCUCCGCCGCACCGCCACCGUCGUCGCCCUCACCACCGUCUCGGUUUUUCGCCUCAACAAGGCCGACGUCGACGAGGUCCUCAAGCACUACCCAGAGCAGGCUGAAAUGCUCAAGGCGGUUGCCUACGAGAGACUCGCUCGCGGCCACGCCGCUAUGUCCAGGCGCCGCCUCGCGCUCUCGGCUGCGUCGGCCUUUUCCGCCGCCGGCCAGGCUUAUCGCGCUCGCUACGGGCAGCAGCCCGGCAGCGGCGGCAGCGGCGGUGACUCGCCAGCCAGCCCGAGCUCGCCAGGUGACUCGGAGGCCUCGGCCCCGUCGCCGGUGCCCAUGCGCCCGGGCCCGGUCCGCGAGACCUCGGUCCGCUCGUUUGCCUCGGACAUGAGCGAGACGUCGUCGACCUCCAUUCGCGACCGAAAGGCCAACGUCAGCUCGGUCCAGUCGUCGGUCACCAUCUCGCUUCCGCUGCUCAAGGCGGCCCAGGCUGCCAAGCGAGCCGCCGCCGUCUCGGCCGCCGCCGCCACCACCGGCGCCGACCCGUCGCCGCGCCUUGCGUCGGCGGCGUUGGCGGCGUCGCUGACCGGGUCGUCAGGACCCAAUGGUCUCAACGCCACAGCGCCGGCCCUCGCCCAUAUAGCGUCGUUGCCGACCUCGCCGACGUCGACGAGCGAAGCGAGUCGGGCCUUGCGCUCCACCCUCACUCACUCAUCGUCUGACGUUCGCAUGGUCACCUCGGGCUCGAUGGAGUCGGUUGCUGCCGUCCUCACCGACACCUCGGCAACAACUGUAGUCCGCGCGCUGGUCGGCAUGCCAGGCGGCUCGCUUGUCAGCUCGGCAUCACUCGAGGAGUUUACCUCUGCCGAGCUCGUUGUUCUCAUGCAGCGGUGCACCGAGCUGCAGGCCGCGGCACAGGCUGUGCUCCUCGAGCAUCCUGCAGUGGCCGGUUCAACUGAUCAGGCGACACCGCCGCUGGGCGAGUCGGACCAGGAGCUCAUUGUGCGGCGGCACAAGGCGCGCCGGGUAAUGAGCGCCGUAUUUGCCGCCCAGCCGCGGCGGUAAGCUCGCGCCAGAGGUUAACAGAAGAGCUUGGCCUCGGCGUGGCCCGGAUGCUGCAGGGCGCGGCCCCAGUGGUAGCACCACGGCGUGCCGUCGACCGAGAUGUACGGCGGUAAGCGGCCGACGUUAGCGGCAACGAGAUUGAGGACGAUGCGUGCGAGGUUCGACGCAAACGAACCGAUGACAUACCCGCCGUGCACGAGGUGGUCGAGGUCGGCCAAGACCCGCAGCCCUUCCUCGGUCCGGUUAAAUCGCGCAUCCUGCA